AUGCUUCUCAGCCUCCUCUGUGCUUGCUGUCCACUGUGCCUGUGGAGGUUGGAGUUUGAGGCUAGGAGCAGUCGGCAGCAGGCCAGGUCUGCUGCACACGGGGUCUGUAGCUCCAGCGUAGUAGGCAGGCCCACCUCUAAACAAGACAGGAACACGCCCCUCUGCGGCAUAUGCGAUACCUCCUCCCGGCCGCACGAUGGCGCUGAACCCGCUGGGGAGCAGGGGGUGGGGGGGAUCCUGAGCGCCGCAGCCACUUUCCGGGCUGCCGCGGCUCUGCCAUCUGUCACCCUGGCCCUUCUCUGCUUGGACGGUGUCUUCCUCUCCUCGGCCGAAAAUGACUUUGUCCACCGGGUCCAGGAGGAGCUGGAUCGCUUCCUGCUGCAGAAGCAGCUAUCCAAGGUCCUUCUUUUCCCCCCUGUCUCCAGCCGCCUGCGGUACCUGAUCCACAGAACAGCAGAAACUUUUGAUCUCUUGAGCAGCUUCUCUGUUGGGGAGGGCUGGAAGAGGAGAACAGUCGUCUGUCACUUGGACAUCAGGGUACCCAGUUCAGAUGGCCCCUCUGGUCCCUGUCGCCCUCCUGCCUCCCAUCCCAGCAAGUACCGUGGUGGUCCUCGGUACUCCUCACAUCAGGGAGCAGCUGCUGGUCCCCGAGGUGCUCCUGCUGGCCGGUGGCAUCGUGGGCGGAAGCCCGAUCAGCCUUUGUAUGUGCCCCGGGUGCGACGAAGGCAAGAUGAGCCAGUAGCACCCUCCAUGCCAGGCCCCAAGGGAGAGGCCCCAACUGGUAGAGUUUCAGAAGAGCCUACAGGGUCUGGGGACCCUGAAGCUGAUCAGGGAGUUCCCAUGUUGGUGACUCAUGGAACAGAGCUCCCGAAGAGCCCAGAUCCAGGCUACGCAAAUGAUUCACGGUUGGAGCUGGGUGAUUCUGAGCCCUCUGAGAAUCCUGAGAAGGAACAAGGGGUAGAGACAGCCAUGCAGCAGGCGUCCAGCCCACAGCUGGCCAUGGAGGAGGAAAGUAGGAGUCUGCUGGUGCAGAGCCUGGUGGACCAAGAGGAGGAAGCGGUAGAGGGAGAGGAGAAAGAGAAGGUGGGUAAGGAAGAUGAGAAUGUCGGCAAGCAGAAAGGGAAGGUGGAGGAAGAGGAAGAGAAGGUGGAUGAACGGAAAGGGAAGGCGGACGAGGAGGAAGGGAAGGCGGACGAGGAGGAAGGGAAGGCGGACGAGGAGGAAGAGAAGAUGGACGAGGAGGAAGAGAAGAUGGACGAGGAGGAAGAGAAGGUGGAUGGGGAAGAAAAUGGAGAGGAUGGCGAUGCCGACCAUGACGAUUUCAGUGAGCUGCUGCAGGAGAUCACAGCCAACCUGACCGAAAAGGAGAUCGAGGUAGAGAGGAUCCACCUGGACACAUCCUCCUUCACAGAAGAGCUACCUGGGGAGAGGGACCUGGCCCACGUGGUGGAGAUCUAUGACUUUAAGCCAACACUCAAGACUGAAGACCUGUUGGCCACCUUCUCUGGGUUCCAAGAGAACGGGUUCAAGAUCCAGUGGGUGGAUGACACUCAUGCCAUCGGCAUCUUUCCCUGCCAGGCCUCAGCUGCUGAGGCCCUAGCCAAGGAUUUCUCCGUGCUCAAGAUCCGUCCGCUCACACAGGGAACCAAGCUGUCCAAGCUCAAAGCCUUGCAGAGGCCAAAGCUCCUGCAGCUAGCGAAGGAGAGGCCACAGACAGAUUCAGCGGUGGCCCGCAGGCUGGUGGCCCGGGCCUUGGGGCUCCAACACAACAGAAAGAAAGAGCCGUCUGCUGCUCCGAGUCUCCUGCCAUCUUGAGGCACCAGACCCAGCUGUCCAGACUAGGCUGGACCCCAACACCACUCACGCCUUUACAGACCCAAGGAUAGCCCCUUGUUCCCACUGGAACUGCUGUGGGGCACAACAGGCUUUUGUUGAUCUGGUUCCAGAAAUUGAGAAGAAAUAAAAAUUUAAAAGUUGUA